GCACCGCUACCAACAUUAUAAAUAUCAACAGUGCCGGGCAAGGUCGUUCUAGCUAUAGGUUGUUGGUGUUAAAUUUGUCAUCGUUUCAGUUUAAUUUGAUUAGUAAGAGAACCAGGAAAUUGUCAUCGUCGUAAACAUUGCAGACGGCGAGAGCAGCGGAAUGAGUACCCCGGUGAAAAAAGUACCAAUUCAUUUACAGAGCGCCCAAAACCGCCUGCUCAUCAAGCAUGGUAAGGUGGUUAACGAAGACGAAAUCACCGAGGAUGACAUCUACAUAGAAGACGGCGUAAUCAAGCAACUCGGCCGCAAUUUAAUAAUCCCCGGGGGAACAAGGGUAAUCGACGCACGAGGCAAAUAUGUGCUACCAGGCGGAAUCGACCCUCACACCCACUUCGAGUUUGAGUUUAUGGGGGCGAAAUCGGUUGAUGAUUUCUACCAAGGUACUAAAGCCGCCGUCGCUGGAGGCACCACCAUGAUAAUUGAUUUUGUGAUGCCCAAAAAGGGGGAGUCUUUAAUUGAUGCAUUCUAUGAAUGGAGGCAAAAGGGCGACGAUAAAGUCUGUUGCGAUUACGCACUCCAUGUGGGAUUAACUCAUUGGAAUGAGCAAGUUAAAAAGGAAAUGGAAGCGCUGUGCAAAGAGCACGGGGUUAACUCUUUUAAAGUUUUCAUGGCUUACAAUUUUAUGUUGAACGACGCUGAGUUGUAUAGCGCUUUCGAUACCUGUCAGAAAUUGGGGGCUAUUGCUCAGGUGCACGCCGAGAAUGGCUCGAUUAUUGCUAAGAACGUGGAAAAGCUACUGGCUAAAGGGGUCACGGGACCCGAGGGACACGAACUCUCAAGACCUGAAGAAGUUGAGGCCGAGGCCGUCAAUAGAGCGUGCAUUAUAGCCAAACAGGUAGAUUGUCCGUUGUAUAUAGUGCAUGUGAUGAGCAAAUCCGCAGGAUUAGCUUUAAAACAAGCAUGCGAACGAGGUACCCGAGUGUAUGGCGAAACUCUAGUAGCGGCACUAGCCACAGAUGGUUCCCAUUAUAAACAUGAAUGCUUCCAUCACUCGGCUGGCCACGUUUUAAGUCCUCCCUUAAGACCGGAUCCCACAACACCGCAAUUUUUAAUGAAUCUGUUAGCACAGGAUGCCCUCCAAGUAACAGGAAGUGACAAUUGCACUUUUAACAAAGCACAAAAAGAACUAGGGAAGGAAGACUUUUCCAAAAUUCCGAACGGAGUCAAUGGAGUGGAGGAUCGAAUGUCAGUGAUUUGGGAAAAGGGAGUCCAGACCGGAAUCAUCGAUCCUUGCAGAUUUGUAGCCAUCACAAGCUCAAACGCUGCCAAAAUUUUCAAUAUCUUUCCACAAAAAGGCUGCAUCGCUGUAGGCUCCGAUGCAGACAUCGUCAUUUGGGACCCUUCCAGAACUAGAACAAUUUCCGCCGCUACGCAUCACCAAGCUGUAGAUUUUAACAUAUUUGAAGGAAUGGAGUGUCAUGGCGUCCCAGAAUACGUCAUUGUCAAUGGUCGCGUAUGCGUCGAUGAAGGACAACUACGCGCUGUCGAAGGUCAUGGUAGAUACGUCGACACUCCUGUGUUUGCUCCAUACGUGUACGAUCCGGAAAGAGUUGCUGAUUUAAAGCCCGUGAAAAACGGCACCCAUGACGAUUCGCUGCCAGAGCACUUCCAAAAUAAGGUUCAGAUUGAGGAGAAGGUUUGCCCAACACCCACACUGCCAGAUUCAGCUGUGAGCACUCCUUCUUGCAGAGGCGCCAGACCCGAGGGUCAACGGAACAUCCAAGAUUCAACAUUUUCUAUCAGCGAGGAUCUCGAUGUGGAGAGAAAAUCUUGCAUUCGGGUCCGAAACCCGCCUGGCGGCAAGUCUUCCGGGUUCUGGUAAUAGUGGAGAGAUGGCGCCUCAAUAGUUAAUGCUUAAGCUACAAAUUACAAAAAACUGUACCAAAGCAAAAUAAUCUUCCAAUCAUUUCAUUAGAGUAGCUCGUACUAUUUAUUACGUCAUUUACACAUUUAACCGCCUCUAUGUUCAAAAAUCAAAAGUUUUGUUUUUUUUAUAUUAUAGAUUUAUGGUUAGAGUGAUGCAUAACGAUUUUUGUUACUGUUUUUUACAUUUGAUUGUAUUGGGAGAGUUUAUUCGUAACUGUAUUAUUAUCAAGUAAAUGUUGUAAUGUGCAGUAAAGAAAUUGUAUAUGCUGUACUCAUGUUCAAGUUUGAGCCGCCUUUUUUGUUAUGUUUUUUAUUUCUAUUUUCUCUCGGAGAUGUGAAAGUAAAAUUGCAUGAAAGUAGCACAGAUGUAUCUGUUCAAAUGCACUGUUUUGACUGGGCUUGCAGCCUUCAUGACAUCAAUACUAAUUUUAACUAUAUUGUAAUUUAUUAAGUUGAAUUAAUAAAACUUGGUAACAGACGCA